CAAUUGUCAAUUUCUCUACAAUCAUCGAAUAAUGCUGUUCACAUCUCUCCCUCAGGUUUUGUCAAGGUUUUGUUAUCCCGGCAGAUUUUCAUUAUCAUUGUUUUCCGUGACCGGUUCGGAGAACGGCGAGUUCACUGCCCUUUUUUCUUAUCUUGGAUUGCUUCGAUUGCAGGGCAUCAUUUUCGUUUCCUUGGUGCCGCUUUUUUGUUGGCUGUUGUUUUACACAUUAGCGCCGGAGUCAGUGCGUCAGCAGACAACGUCGCAGCAGGAAUCGCCAGUUGAAAGUGAGCGUACCGUCGCCAGCAGUAUGAGUUUUAAGUUGAUCAGCAGCGCCAACGCCAAUGGAGUAAUUCCGGUUCGGAAGUAUCGCUCGGAACGUACCGGAUUGAGCGUCAUCGUAGGUGAGGUCGAAGGGCCGCUGGUGAACGGAUAUUUUGCAUUGGCAACGGAGGCACAUGACGAUGAUGGCUUGCCGCACACUUUGGAACAUUUGAUUUUCCUAGGAUCGGAAAAGUAUCCAUUUAAGGGUAUCUUAGAUCUGGUGGCCAAUCGUUGUCUUGCAUCGGGAACUAAUGCCUGGACGGAUACCGAUCACACUUGUUACACGAUGACAACAGCCGGAAGUGGUGGUUUUCUCUCUUUGUUACCGGUCUAUCUGGAUCAUAUCCUGUACCCAACUCUGACCGAUUCGGGUUUUAUAACGGAAGUGCACCACAUUUCCGAAGAAGGAGAGGAUGGAGGUGUAGUUUACUGUGAAAUGCAAGGAAGAGAAAAUACCGGGGAGUCCAGAAUCCAUUUGGAUAUGCUUCGAGCGGUCUAUCCUAACUCCGGUUACAGUUCGGAAACUGGUGGAAUAAUGAGCAAUUUACGUACUAGCACUAAUAAUAAGAAGGUGCGAGACUAUCAUGCGGGAUUCUAUCGGCCAGAUAACCUUUACGUAAUUAUCACUGGUCAGAUUGAGCCAGAGGACAUUUUCAAGGCAUUAGAGCCGAUAGAGGAAAAGAUUGUUUCCAAAGGAACAUUACCGAAAUUUGCUCGCCCUUGGCAAACUCCAGUGGCACCAUUAGCCAAAUCAGAGAAUAUAAAAAUCCUGUACCCCGCCGAUGAAGAAGACUGCGGUUUAGUUAACGUGGCUUGGCGUGGUCCAAAGGCCACCAAUGAAUAUGAAGAAUUGACAGCGUGUUCCGUACUUUUGCGUUAUCUCUCGGAUACAUCAGUCAGUCCACUGCAACGUGAGUUCGUUGAGAUCGAUGAUCCUUUCGCUAGCCGUGUUGGUUACAACAUUGCUGAAAAUUCGGAAUCGUUGCUGUACAUUUCUUUCGAGAAUGUGCCUCUUAGUAAGGUGGAUGAUAUUCACGCAAAACUGGAACAAGUUCUGGCGAAAAUAGGCAAGGGGGAGGAGAAAAUCGAUAUGAAGCGUAUGGGCAGUGUACUGGAGAGAUACAUUUUGGAAGCGCUGAGUAAUCUGGAAAGCAAUCCUCAUGAUAAUGUGGCCUUUCAUGUAAUAGGAGAUGUUCUGUACGGCGCAGUUGAACAAGAUUUUGUUAACCGCUUGAACUCGAAUAAAUUCCUUCAGAAGCUGAAGGAAAAGAAAGAACUAUUUUGGGUGGAUUUGCUGAACAAGUACCUUGUAAAUGGAAAGUAUGUUGUAGUUCGUGCUGUGCCAAGUAUCGAUGAACAGAAAAGAUCGGCCAAGGAAGAGAUGGAUCGUAUUGAACAACAACGAGCAGCUCUAGGAGCAGAUGGUUUGGCCAAGAAGGGAAAAGCGCUAACUGAUGCUAUGGCUUCAAACGAAAUCCCUCCACCGGACGAGAUGUUAACUUCCAUUCCUGUUCCUUCUGUUGAUGGAAUAAAAUUUCAUCCUGUGCAGAUAUUUAAAUCGACUGACAACAAGAACCCGGCUGGAUUGGAUCUACAAAAGCUGCCGGUGUAUGCAGAAGCCUACCAUUUGCACACAAAUUUCUGCUACCUUAUGGUUACGAUGAACACCGAAUCAGUUGAGCCAGAACUGCGUCCCUAUUUACUGCUACUGAUGGAGUUGCUCACAGAAUCACCGAUUCGACGUGGUGAUGAACUGAUCCCAUACGAGACGGUCGUUGCAGCACUUGAAUCAGAUACCAUCGAGACUGAGGCUCGGCUGGGAAUCGAAUCUACAAAUCGGUUCAGCUUGGGACCCUUUUCCAGCUGUGCAACGCUGUCUAUGCAAGUAGUGCCCAGCAAGUACGAAACCGGAAUCAAUUGGAUCGCCGAACUCCUGCACAAAACCGAAUUUACUGCGGAACGAGUCAAGGUUUGCGCCUCUAAAAUGGUAAAUGAUGUGGCGCAAGCCAAACGAGAAGGCAAUUCAAUUGUGAGAGAUUUACUGAAGGCCAUGUAUUACAAGGAAGAAAGCAACAUGCGUGUCAGCUCCCUGCUAAAGCAGCUGAAAUUUUUGAGUGUUUUAAUCGAAAAAAUGGAUAACGAACAAGGUAUCAAUAAUGUCAUCGAAAACCUAAAUAAGGUUCGUCAAACAAUUAUCCAGCCGGACCGAUUAGGAUUGCAUAUAGCUGCCAAUUGGGAUGAUAUGGCUCGAUUACAGAUCGAUUUGGCGGCACCAUGGACAAAGUUGGCCCCGGUUGGUGAAGUAACGAAAAAACAACUCUCCGUUAUUUCGGAUUGGAAAUUGAUGAACAUGGAAGGCAAUCUGACGGAUUCCACCGGUGUUGUAGUUGGGAUGGGAAGCGUCGAAAGUGCUUUCUUGUAUCAAAGCUCUAAAGCCAUUACCGAUUUCAAUGACGAGGAUCUUGCACCGUUGCUGCUAUUCCUCCAGUACCUUACCCAACUUGAGGGUCCUCUAUGGCGUCAAAUUCGAGGCCAAGGAUUCUCCUAUGGAUACAACAUCGUUCCCAGACCGAACGAAGGUUUACUCUACUUUACGCUGUAUCGUGCAACGAAUGUGGUUGCUGCCUACAAAGAGGCCAAGUCAAUUACUGAAAAACAACUCCAAUCGGACGCGGAGUGGGACUCAACUUUACUGGAAUCGGCUCGCAGUUCGUUGAUAUUUGAAAUUAUCGCCCGGGAAAAGAGCAUCGGCAACGUGGUGGUGCAGUCAUUCCUGUCGAGCUUCAAGCAGGUUUCGGCCGGCUACAAUCAAGUGCUUGUCCGGCAGGUUGGGAAAGUGACCGAAGCCGAUCUGGCGCGUGUGGGCGUCAAGUACGUUAAACAAUUGUUUUCGUCAGCAGCACGCACGGCGAUAGUGUGCCAUCCGGAUAAGGCAGCUGAUAUCGCUACCGCAUUUGAACAGCUUGGCCAUAAACUAAAAGUGGAAAACAGCUUGGAAGGCAGUAUUUUGGCAUGAGUUAAACUCGGGUGUGCCAUGUUUUUUAAGGGAUUGCAUUAGCAAACAUUCAAGUCUAUUUUUGUCACAUCGUGUAAAACAGUUUUUGUUGGCAUUACAAUUGCAAAUAUACAAGUCUAUUUUUUGUCACACUGUGUGUAAUUUUUUUGGAAAAAAAUAGUUGCUAGAAACAGUGUCUUGAAAUAAAUUUAGUCAUAUUCCAAUAA